UAUAAUGUCAAACAGGGAGAAAGUGAAGACAGGAGGAAACAGGAGCGAGAACAACAACAACAACCAUAGCAGUCACAAUAACACACAGCAGCAGAAACAGAUUCAGACUCUGCUUCGAAAGGAGGGCAGAUCAGCUCGCAACCUCAUUUCUUGGAAUGUACCCUUUGAACAUCAAGAACAGUUGAACGUCGCCACGUCAAACGCACAAGGAACGAGAGACGAAGGUGGUAGAGCGAAGACUCCUGUGAAACAGAAUGGAGAUUCCGACUAUUGCUCCUCAUCUCUUGUUCGCAGCAGAUUCGCUCGAAGAAAGGAAAGUCUCCCCCUAAGAAGCGAAUCAGGAGGACCGCCAAGAAAAGGCAGUGGAACCACCACAAAUGCCAAUAGUAGAUCUGCAACCACCACGACUCCAAUGGAUGACAAAACUCUGUUCUGGACAUUCUUGAUUGACAAUCUGGACAGAGCAGUCGACGCACUUUACUCUGUGUGUGACCAAAACGAAAGCAUCCAACAAGCCAAUGAGAUGAAGCUGAUCUUCAACAAUUACAUCAAGGACUUCGACAACCUGAUGGAUAAGAUUAAAAUUCAAGAGCAUUUCGACAAGGCCCAGCAGAAGCCCCUCUCCAUCUCGUGGGAAGUGCGCAAGACGUCCUCUCCGAUGAAGAUGCCAGCGGGUGGCGCUUCUAUAGUCGACAACAACGGGUCAGUGCGACAACUCGUGUUCAUGUCGUGGGCCGACAGAGUGAAAGGGGCUACUCCUUCUGCUCCUUCCCCUAGUGAGGUUUUAGGAGCGGGAGAAACAAAAGGACGUGAAACUAACGAUUCUGGGAAGAGUUUCUUGGAUGCAAUGAAAAGGAAAAAUGGCGUGGCAGAAAACAAUGACACGCUAAAAGGUAACUCAUCGCAUUUAGAGGGCGAAGACAGUGAAUGUGACAGUGGAUGGGAAAAGUACAGCAAACUGAGCAAGCAUAAGAGUAUUAGACCACAACACCACAGACUCAGUCCGAAAUCAGAUACAGCAACAGUGAUGACAACAGGUACUGAUUGCAAGGCAGCGUCUGUUGUUUCUCCUGUCGGUAUUAGGUCACCAGUGAGACCUGCAGAAAUUGAUACGAUGGGGUCAAAAGUGGAGUUGUCUCCUGAUUCUGCGAUCGGAGAAGACGACGGAGGGCUUAAAAACAACAGAGAAAGGGAAGAUUUGGUUUUGAGUAAGACUUCCGGGGAAGAAGCUAUAUUCGAGAACGGUUCUGAAGACAUUGCUAUAAACUCUCACUUAGGAGAAUCUGGUGCAGGCCAAUUGGACGAAGAGUUUUCGGUCGACGAAGAAGAUGAAGACGAUGAAGAGGACGACGAUGAGGAUGAGAGUGAAUUGGAGAGUGAGUUGCGGGAGUGCUUCGAGCGUGCACUGGAACAGUGUGAGGAGGAAGAGAGCCAACUGGUGCACCAGUUGGAAGACAUGUCUCUUCAGGAUGUCCCAAUGGCUGCACUCACACAACCGGGAGAAGGCGAGGACGAAGAUGGCGUGGAAAAUGAUGCUUCUUCUUCCGAUGACGAGCUUCACGGUAGAGAAAUUGGAGUUAGGAAUUGUGCAUCGCAACAAACAGAUAAUCAAACAGGUUCGAAUGGGAUGAAAGAGGAAGAGGGUGAGGGUGAGGAGGAAGUUGGAAGUUGGGCUGACCUGGUUGAGAAGGAGGAGGAAGACAGACGCAUGUUCAACUUAACAGGCAGGGAUCCCAGUCGGGCCCUCAUCAUACACGAGAGGCUGUCGUCCCCAUCUCGCACCAGUUCGUGGGCAGAGAAGAAGUUGCGUCACGAAGAAAAACAGAGGAAAGCUCAGGAGCUGAGAGCCAAGGCGCUGGAGGACACAAUGUUGAAGCAAAGGAACCUCGCUCUCAGAAUCCAGGAAGUGCGUCGUUGGAAGAACGAGAUCCUGGACCGGAAAAAGAGUGCCUACGAGCAGAAGUUGGAAUUAGCCGAGAACAAGCGGAAGGCGCACCUAAGAAAGAUAGUGAAGAAGGCACAUGAAGAGGAGAACAAGGUGAAUGAGAUCGCAUUCAUCAUGACCUUGGAGGCACAGAAUAAGAGGGCAGAAAUGAGGAGCAAGCACGAGGUGUUCGAGGCCAGGAAACAGGAGAUGGAGGAAGGCAGACUGCGUAAGCUAGAAGAAGUUCGCGCAUUAGAGGAGGCGGCGAAGGAGAGACGGAGGCGGAUGGAGCAGAGGAAGGAGACUCGGAUGGGACAGAUGCAGGCGAAGAGGGAGGGACACAUGCAGAGGAUAGCCGCCCUCCAGGCCCAGAAGGACUGCGAGAGACUAGAGGCCACCAGGAAGAGAGAAGAGGAGCGGGAGAAGAAGAUGGCGCUGGUGGUGGAGCGGGAGAGAGAUGCGGUGGAGGGACUGGUGAAGAGACUUCAGGAGAAACAACACCACUCCCAUGCCAGAUACAAACAGCUUCUCAGCGAGCGACAGCAGAGAGCGGCCGAACUAGCCUAUGGGCCGAGUGUAACACCAAUCAACGGAAGCAGUGAUGGCACUAGUCUUGUCAGUGGCACAGGACAACAACAAACCCAACAACAACAGAAGGUCUCAGAUGUCACUAAUAACGAGAAGAGCAGCAAUAGCUAUGUUUCUUCUUCUUCAGCAGGGAGUUCAGGGUCGACUGUUUUGCCCAAUGGCGUGAAUGCACCCCCCUCUAUGGAACUAUAUGCUACACAGAAGAUGUGUUACCUGUGCAACGUGCAACUGAAGAGUGAGGUGCACUUGUUGAGUCACCAGAGAGGAAAGAGACAUCUGGAGGCCAUGGGAAAAGAGUUGAACAGAUCAGAGCCAAUCACAGAGCAGGAAGCUGAGAGAUUAAAUUACAAGUACAUUGGCGAUAUAGUGUCUAAUCAAAAAGAGAACGAACAGUGCAGUGCAUCGAAAGAUUUAUUGGCCGAGAAGCAGAAGCAGCAGCAGGAGAGAUUGGAGAGUAUGAAGAAGAAACUGAAGAAGGUGAAGACGAGGAUGAAUCAGAGGGCGAAGGAGUUCGAGCUGCAACUGGCAAACCACGCCAAAGACGCGUCAAAGGAUAAAACCGGCGGGUCUCUAGAUCGUACUUCGGAGAACAAGUCUAAGAUCCAGAAGAGCGUGAAGGAGGUGAACAAACUGAUAUCGGCGCCUGGAUCAGGAGCAUGGCCGGACAGCAAAGUGGGCCAGCUGGACCGUCAUCUGGGCGAGUUAGACAGAUUGUUAACCAAGAGUUUAACUGCUUCCAAUGGUAACAAUAAACAGUCGGUGGGUGAAGCAGACAGAAACUAUUUCCGAGACCAGUCGGGUUUUGCAGUCGUGUGUCGUGUGCUGCUCAUGGCUAAUGAGAACUUUGAGAAGUCAAUUACUACAAUACCUGCCAAAUCAGAAUGUCUGGCGGCGUCUGUGCUGCAGAACAGCUGUCUAUUGUCUCCUGCAGGUAGCGGUGCACCGGCCUCAGUCGAAAAUUGUCGCUACUUACUCUUCAGCAACAAACUAUCGCCCCUAGUAGACAUCAUCAACAACCACAUGGGGUCUCUCCUGAAACGUGUUGAUGAAUGUGGUUCGACUAAUGGGCAACCGCAGCAGCCUCUUCCCAAAAGUCAAAUAGUGUCUUCCCUCUGCACCCUAAUAUCCACAGUGUUGGAGACCAUGACCCAGUACGCAGUGGACAACGAAGUGUACUCGGGCAGUGGCGUGAACAAAAGCAGUGUCAAAGUCAACUGCAGUGGAAUUGUAGGAGGAGGGGGAGGAAAGGGUGUGAUUGUGCAGUUCAACAGACCAGUAGUGAAUGAUCAGUGCAAAGGCAGAAUCACCGACACAGUUAGCUACAUGGUGUGCUGUGGUCUGGUGGACAAACUGGCCCUCUUCUUCGGUGGGGUGAGGAGGAGUGUUUACAUGGACCCAGAGGGUGCUCAAUUCCUCACCACCCUCAUGACUUUACUCACCAACACCACGAGAUCACUUCACACAAUGCUGGGUCAGUUUGUGACGGAGAGAGUGAGUGACGACUUCACACUUCUGGUGACUACUCUCAAAUCCACUGAACUGCUGGGUGCCGUCUCCCUCCUGUACGGAACACUACUCCACUCGGAUGUAACUGGAAACAAAAGCAGAAGUUCUAAUUUGCUUCCUCCCUCUCCUCCGCCUGAGCAUGUGCUCAAGUUGGCAACUGCGACCUUGAGUUUCAUUAAUGCAGUGGCGCUGCUGGACACGACUGUCACACAGGAAGUGCUAAGCGAAGAGAGUCUGUCGCUGCAGUUGAGACACAUUGCCAGUAAUCUGUUCAACAGCUGCGCAUCUACAGCAACAGACCCAAACAACAACAACAACACCAGAAAAGUUAAUGGCAGAGGUGUUGGGGGAGACUACAAUGUGGAAGUCGGGGGGUGGGGACUGUGUGCCAAAUUGGUGCACGAAGUGAUUCUCACCAUUGGAUACUUCACUCUGGCAAAUAGUGACAACCAGCUCAUAAUCCAAGCGGGCAGUCCCCCCACCCUCCUCCAACAACUGUGCACUGGGCUGCCCUUCCACUACUUCAGCGAUGAGACCAGAAUCGACAUUCUGUUCCCCACCCUCAUCGCCUGCUGUCAUGGAAACAGAGCCAAUAGAAACAUACUUCAAACUGAGAUCACACCUGCUCUAUUGGUCAACUACUUACAGAAAAAGAAAACGCAGAUGGGGAAACGACAACCAGUUGAGAAUUCUUUGAUGGUCAUUUCCGGAUCCAAAUUUGAACUUAUGAAAAGAUUUCCCGUUCAACUGUGGGACGAGGCAGUUCAGUUCUUCAGUAGCAAUUAGGCGAUAAUUUGGGCUGAAGUCACCCUGCUUUGUCACUUCAUUCAAAAAGAGCCUUCAGUAUACUAAAAUUCGUCACCAUAUCGCUAAAUAAAGCCGCUUGAGUCAUACAGUAAAACUGGUAUCAUUUUUAUUGUAAAUAUAAAUAAAUAAAGUUAAGUUUAGCUUUUUUCAUGAUAAUCGAGCGUAAAUUUUCCAGCUUGUUGAAUGAUAAUGCACAUUGCUUUCUCUUGCCUUGUAGUCGUGUUGUACAUUUUCAAAGUGUAAUUAUUUCAAGUGAAUUUAAAAUUUGUAUUUCAUUUAUUGUGU